UCUCUCACAGAGAGUGUCCGUGUAAACUAGCAGAGUGAGAGAGAAGUUCAGUAAAAGUUCAUUUAAAGUGACAAUUGUUCCUGCACAGGUUCCUGAUGUCUCUGGUGGAUCUGGGGAAGCGGCUGUUGGAAGCUGCUCGUAACGGCGAGGAUGAAGAAGUGAGGAAGCUGAUGGCGAACGGCGCCCCCUUCACUACAGACUGGCUCGGAGCCUCGCCGCUGCACCUGGCGGCGCAGUUUGGACAUCGCUCCACCGCCGAGGUCCUGCUGAGAGCCGGAAUCUGCAAGGACGCCCGGACCAAGGUGGACCGAACGCCGCUGCAUAUGGCCGCCACGGAGGGUCACGAGCUGAUUGUGGAUUUAUUAAUCAGGAACGGCGCGGACGUGAACGCCAAAGACAUGCUGAAGAUGACGGCUCUGCACUGGGCCACCCAGCACGGCCACCACGGCGUCGCCCAGCUCCUCAUCAAACACGGCGCCGACGUCUACGCCCUCAGCAAGUUCGACAAGUCGGCCCUCGACAUCGCCGUGGAUAUUCAACACGCCGAGCUCGCCGGGCUCCUCCAGGAGGGCAUGCAGAAGCAGGUGAACAGGAAUGCCGAGGCAGCCAUCGCUCCACAGUUCAUCAUCAACAUCGCCGACCUGGUUAAACCACACACAGGUAACACGGAGGACGCCAUCGCCGUCAGCGCUCUGGACCAACAGAUGAUGAACGAUGCCGGUCAGAGAGUCGUAACCAUAGUAACAGACCAGCAGGGACACCUACAGACGAGGCUCGGCCAGCCUCUCUACGUCACCAUGCAGAACGGACGCCAAGUCUUGGCGGUUCCAUCCACCCCCUACACACAGGAAAUGGUGGACGAAGACGUAGAACCUCCGGUACGGAGGAGGAAGAUCGAAGUGUCUUCUAAUCACGUAGAAUCCAGAGAUACGGAGCAGCUCCAGCGGCGCCUGGCCGAGGCCAACAUGGCGGCUCAGCUGUACCGGCAGCAGCUCCUGCAGAAGGAGCAGGAGGCCGAGGAGUACCGGCUGCAGCUGGAGGCCAUCACGGAGCGGGUGAUAGCACAGGAGGAGGAGUGCGUGGUGGGAGUGAAGCAGGAGGAGGAGGUGGUGCUGCUGACCGAGGGAGACGUGAUGCUGAACACCGAGGAGAUCCACUCCAGCCACGACAUCUCAUAACGUCUGGUCCUUCAGCCCCCCAUCUCUCAACACCCCCCCACCCCCCCCCACACACACACACAUAUAUUCCGAAAUCAUUUCCUCUCUGUGUGUCUAGAUAAACGAUGAACUUUAUCUAGAUGGUUUUGCUGUUCCAUCAUCUUCUACCUUCAUUAUUUGAUGAGCUGCUCUAGAAAACCAACCGUCUUUAUCUUUCAUCAGAUUACAAUGCUGUGAAAAAGUAUUCGCCCCUCUCUGAUUUCAUUAUAUAUAUAUAUAAAUACGAGGGAUCUUCAGAAAGUUUCCUCACGUGUAUAUUGUGGUUAUAAGCGGUGAGGGUGGAGGAAUCGGUCGUGUCUGAGAGACGCUUAUUGUCCGGAUUUGGAGACUGGAAGAAGAUUUUCCUGUGGUGAUGAUGUGAAAGCAGCGGCGCAUCAGUGGCUACGAGUUGGACCCUACGGCGCUGGAAAAAUGCAAUAUAUAUAUAUUUUUUGUUUGUUUAUGCAUUUUCUCUCCUUUUUAACGCGUCCAAUUACCCGAUUGCAUCAUGCUUCCUCUCCACCAAUGCCGAUCCCCGCUCUGAUUGAGGAGAACGAAGCUAACCCACGCCCCCUCCGACACGUCCUCGGCAGCCGUAUGCAUCUUAUCACCUACACUUUGACGAGUGCAGUGCAGCUCAGCGUUGUGUACGGAGAGACACCAGUUAUGAGAGAGGGACCCCAUCCGGCUUAGUCCCGCCCAUAUCUGAACAACAGGCCAAUCGUUGUUCACGUGGCCGCUCAGCCUCAGCCGGCAGGCAGAGCCGAGACUCGAUACGAUGUAUUCCAGAUCCAGCUCUGGUUCCAGCGUGUGUUUUUACCUCUGCGCCACCUGAGCGACUUAAUGAAUAGAGUUAAAUAAGUGAGGGAACUUUUUGAAGAUCCCUCGUACAUGGUAUACAAAUAUUUAGUUUUUGAAUGAGACGUGAACACAAAUAAACUUUUUUUAUUUUUCUCUCUGGUCCGUGUACCUGAUCCAGGACAGUUUUUGCACCGGAUGCCCUUCAUAAUGCCACCCUCCUUAUAGUAUCCGGGCUUGGGACCUGCACCGAGAGUCCAGACUGUGAUUGGGCCUCUCCAGAAGUGUAAUUUAGUGUUUGAGCCAUUCACAAGUAGACUGGGUGUGACGCUUCAGAUCUCCUGUAGGAUCAGGUCUGUACCUGGUAUGAGAGGUGCAUGCGCUGUGCUGCUCUCUGUGAGAUUCCGUCUCCGACAGGUGAACAGGAGCUCGUCCGAGGGGCGUGUGUGAUGAUAAUUUCAUCCAGAGCGACUUACAGUACAGUGACAGUAUACUGUCUAAGCAAUUGAGGGUUAAGGGCCUUGCUCAAGGGCCCAACAGUGGGCUUGAACCAGCAACCUUUAACCGCUAGGCUACAGCUGUCCCUGAUGUGAUGCCGUUUGGGAGUUUGCAGCAGUGGAUGGAGGUAUAAACGGGAUUAGAUGCCGUUAGAUGAAAGGAAUUUAGGGAAGGACCCCCGUGUGGUUCAGAUUUUCAGGUUCUGUUUUGUUUGUUUGGUCUGUAGAUGAAAAAUGAACUUUAUACAGGACAGAAACGUGUCGCGUCUUUUUCUACCCUGAUUUUUAUGAUCCGUUCUGAUAAAUGAUCCACAAAUGUAUUAUUUUCUAUUUUAUUUUUUCCUGAUUCUUGUGUUAUGAAAUCAGACGGGGUUUAGUUUUAGACCCCGGCUUCUUCAGGACCGACUGUGUGAGCGCGCCGUGAUCUUCAGGACUGAUGUGUACAGAUGUUUCUCUAUACUGAAGAUGAACAAACGUGCAGGACUUUUUUUAUAUCUGAAUUCUUAUUUUUGUAACGUGUUUACAUGAUCGGAGUGUCGCCGCGUCCUGAUAAACGAAAGUUAAACCGGA